UACAGCAGCGUAAGCAGCACUAAAUAGAGGGUGUUCGAUCAUCAGACUGCUGUCUUUGAUGCUAACUUUAGCUGCUGGUGUGGCUAACAACAAUGCGCCCCACUCGUGUGCAGGGCUAAACGCUGUUAUUAUUUCGCGCAUAAAUAGAAUCAAUUAUGAGAUUAGAUAUCUGAGCAGUUGAAUGAGAUCGUAUCCACUAAACUUGCUGUCGUUGUCCACUCUAUUGAAUACAGCAAAAGUGCUGGAAAUGGAGGCGAACGGAAGUCACUCUCUAAGUGGAAAAGCAGCUGUAACUGAAGCUAACCUGAGAGACGAGUAUUACUGGAAGCUGACAGCAGACUUCAUUGGUCCUCAGUCGGGGGAAGGAUUGGAUCUCGAUAAAGAAGUUUGCAAAAAUAGAAUAUUAAUUCAAGUCGGGCUGAUGAAGGAGGACAAUAACUUCCCAUGGAUUGCCGUCAUUGAUUGGCUGAAGAGGAUCUUCCCAGCUCACCGGUCGGCUGACUUCCGGCGGCUAAUUGAAAGAGGCAGUUCAGCGAACUUGAGUUUGGAAGGUGAGGCCAGGCUGACAUUUCUGGAAUCGCACGUCAACUUUAACUUUGUCGGCCCCAUAUGCGACAGCAUCGGAGUGGAACGGGAACAUCUUUUGAAAAUGAAAGACUUUUCCCAACAGGCCAAGUCUAUCCAAGUGACGAACGGCUUGAUUCUGGAGUUGAGCAACUUUGUGACGAGGGAGAGGAUUUCGCCCAUCAACUUGGUCACUUGGCUUAGAAACUUCAACCCAGAAUUUUGUAAAGAUGGGAAAAUUGUGAAAGCGUAUAAAGUCCUGAAGAGUAAGAUCAAAAAGUUAAAAAUGUCCUACGUUAAUACAGAAACGAGAAGCCACAGGAAGAACGCCACCAUGGAAAAUCUUCUCCAGAGUCCAUUUGAACUGGUGAAGUCGAGAAGCAGCACCUUUGAAUUGAUGGCAAAGAAACGCAUGAAAAGAGACCCGCAUUUUGACCAAGUCGCCGUCAAGGAGGAAUCUGAAGACUAUGAAAUUCCUCUCGGUGAGGAGUCCGUGAAGAUGGCUUCAGUCCAAUUUGUCAGCAAAGGCGCGCCUCAUUGUGAUGCAAGCGAGGAUGGCAUGGACGUGUCCGACAGCAGAGCGGACUCUGAAGACGAAGAGUCGCCGUCACUGCUCGACGUGGCGCUGCUGUCUGUUCAAAAGCUGUCCAGUGUGUGUCGCGGCCAAACGGAAGACUGCAAAGGCAUUUCAUUGGAGCUGCUGAAAAACCAGUACACGCUGACAUGCAAGGAGCAUCCAGCCAUGGAAGACUUUGAGAAAGCGCUCAACGCGGUCAGCGAGAAUGUCGCCCUGGCCCCCCCGCUGCUGUUUUUGUACCACAACGCCCAUUUCCUGGUGGAUUUGCACAGCACCGUGGAGCGGCACGUCAUGGCAUUUGAGGACGAGAUCACUCGCUCGACGGGGCAGAAACUGGGCCGCGACACCAACCCGCUCUUCAAGAACAUGGUCAACUUGUCUGAGAGCGCCACGUCUCGCUACAUCCACAUGGCUCAUGACCUCCUGAACCCCGACAGCGCAGACAAGCCCAACUACAGGAAGCACUGGGUGGCGUUCUGCCAGGAGAAGAGCAACCCAUCCAGGAUCGGCAGGUCGUCGGCGGGUCGCUUCAGCAGCUACUUUGAGGUAGCAGCCGGCCUCACUCACCAUCACAAGGAGGUGGGAAUCUUCUUCCUGGACAUGCUGUCGCUCAACAACGACAAAUGCCCAAAUGUCAUUCUGGAGAGCGCCGCCGCCGACGCCAGCGAUUCUGUCAUCCAGAGCAUCGUGUGUGCGCUCGCCAUUGUCUACUGCAAAAUCGUUGGCCCUUACCUUCAGCUCCUGACUAGCGCGGGAGAGUACUGCCUCUUCAGCCAGUACCUGCUUUGCCUCUACCAAAAGUUCCUGGAUUGGUCCAAAGAGCCGUCCACUCUGCUGGAGCCCGACCACGUCGCCAAUGUUUUUCUGCAAUUCCCCGAGCAAGAAAAAACCUUCUCCGGCGUCUAUCAGUUCUGCGGCGAGUGGCAAACUAACAGGGACCUCAUUCGGGUUUUCUUAAAGAGGGUCAUAAAGGUGAUUGCCGGCGUCACCGAGGAGCACCUGAAGCUCUUCCUGCCGGGUGGUACUUAUGCCAACGUCCCUUCGACUGACGUAAACCGGAAGCUGGUGUUCUGCAAGUUCUCCACUCUGGUUGCCGAGUAUCCCUUCAGCAACCUGAAAGGCCAGCGCAAAGACUCGUCGCACAAGCAGACGUCAUCGUCGUCGGAGAGCUCGGCGGAUGACAACUUGAGCUCAGCCGAGUCAGACAACUCUUUCUGCUGGCAAGCUAGGAAGCAAGUCGACCGUAGGGAAAAGCCUGGAAAAGCCCAAGUCAGACGCGCUUCCAAUAAGGAAGUCUACCCGGAGAACAUGGAUCUGGAUUACAUCACCGCCAACGUUCAGUCGAACGGCGGGCCAUGCAGGUCCCAGCAGGACGUGGACAAGAUGCUGCUGCGCUUGAACGACAAAUCCAAACUGGUGAAGCGGGAAGCCAUCCGUUGCGAGAUCGUCUAUCAGAGAGAGGUCCUCAACAACACGGACCCCAACUUGAGGCGCGUGUUUCGCAACAGCACCGACAUGGUACUCAAGCUGAAGCUGGCGCUCCCUCGCAUCAAGCCGGGAUACUCGCUUGUUUGGGCCCCGAUAAAGUCCAAAAUGCCUAAGCCCGUGCAGCAGAACAUGCAAGGCGCUGCCGCUAGCGUUCCAAGUGACAGCAGCCAGCCCAACUUGAAUGGCAUCUAAUACAGUGUGAGACGUAAAUAAUCAGAUCAUGUUAUCUCUACGAGUGUUUAUUUAGUGACUAUAAACCUUUGUACAUGCAUUUUCAUUUUUUAAAAAGCGAAUAAUUCCCUUAUCUUUAUUUUUGUACCCAUUAUGUGUUUAUGCUUUUGAUAUGGCACACUUUCCUGACAUGUAUGUUUCAUUUUAUAAUGCAUGUGUAAAUGAUUUGAUCAUGUGACGGUUAUCGCCCGACAACUGAAUAAUUAUGAGAGCUACAAAGACCAUUAAAUCAAUUCUGUAUAUCUAUUCAUUCAUUUUCUAUUGCUUAUCCUCACGAGGGUCGUGGU